UUUUGCGGAUUUUUAUUUUUUGCGGAUUUUAUAUUGUCGCCGAUUUUUUUUUGCGGAUUUUAUAUUGUCGCCGAUUUUUUUUUGCGGACUUUUAAGAUUUUUUUUAAAUUUAAAGACGUGGUAGAAUGCUGUUUUGUUGAACAAACAAGUAUUUUGUGGAGUUUAUCCUCUACGUAAUCAAGAAAAUAAAAUCCGCAAAAUUUGUCCGCAAAUUAAAAAAAAAUUUUUUUUCAAUUUUAAGAAAAUUUUUAGAAUUUUUUUUCGUUUUCUAAAAAAUGUCAACUUCAAAUACUGGCGCAGCUGUUUCUCGUAUGGUUAGGCCAAUAAUUUCUCAAGAUUUGGUUGAAGCAAAAUUAAAUGUUUUAAAAAUGUAUAAACAAUUUCAACGUGUAGCUAAGCAACAUUGGUGGGAUUAUAAACUUCAAGAUAUUCCGUUGCCUGUAUUCCGUGAAGUUUUGAAAAAAGAAUUUAUGAAAAAUGCUCAUAUACAAGAUGUUAGAAUUAUUGAUAGAAAAGUUGAAGAAGCUCGCCAGCAUCUCGUUGCAUUAAAAUAUUUCUUCUACAAUGAAUACCAUGUGCGUAAUAUGCUCUUUGCUGAGAAUAUUGAGCCUAAACCGAAAGAUUUUCUUUCCAAAUUCUUGCAUGGGAAAGAUUAA